AUGCCAUUUCCUGCAGUCAAACUACAUAAAUUGAAUGAUCAUGUGGUGAUGGACAAUGGUAUUGUUAGUCUCACGUUAUCUUCCCCUAGUGGUAUGAUCGUAGGAAUCCAGUACAAAGAAAUUGAGAACAUAUUGGAAUAUCGCUUCACAGAAUCUGGAAGAGGGUAUUGGGACAUCAUGUGGAGUAGGCCAACAAAGAAGAAAAACUUUUUCGACAAACUUGAAGGGACAAAUUUCAGAGUUAUAGUAGAAACCGAAGAUCAGAUAGAAGUUUCAUUCAUGAAAACAUGGAAGUCCUCCCUUGGUGACAAUGUUGUUCCCCUAAAUAUCGACAAAAGGUUUAUAAUGUUGCGUGGUGUAUCUGGUUUCUAUUCAUAUGGAAUAAUGGAACACUUAGAUGGUUGGCCUGAUUUAAACAUCGAUGAAGCAAGAAUAGCAUUCAAGCUUAACAAGGAUAUGUUCGAUUAUAUAGCUAUAUCAGACGAUAUGCAAAGGACCAUGCCAACAGAACAUGAUCGAACCACAGGUCAAGCUCUUGCAUAUAAAGAAGCUGUUCUAUUGAAAAACCCUCACAGUCCAACUAUUAAAGGCGAGGUGGAUGACAAGUACCAGUACUCACGCAAAAACAAGGAUGACUUGUUGCACGGGUGGAUUAGCACUAAUCGAAGCGUAGGUUUCUGGAUAAUAACACCAAGCUACGAGUUUCGUGCUGGUGGCCCUCUGAAACCUGAUCUCACAUCCCAUGUUGGCCCGACUACUUUAGCUAUAUUUUUAAGUAGCCAUUAUGCCGGCCCAGAUUUUAGAAUUGCAUUACGAGAUGGAGAGCCAUGGAAAAAGGUAUUCGGCCCUGUUUUUAUAUAUCUGAACUCAGAUCUGUGGAAUACGCCAAGUACACUCUGGGCAGAUGCUAAGAACCAGAUGCUAAUAGAAACCAAGAAAUGGCCAUAUGAUUUCCCUCUUUCAAAAGACUUUCCUCAUGCCAAUGAACGAGGAGCCAUUAGUGGUCGGCUCUUUGUGUUCGACAAGUACAUGAGUUUAGAACUCAUACCAGCAAAAUCAGCAUAUGUAGGGUUGGCUCCACCUGGACAUUUGGGAUCUUGGCAAGAAGAGACUAAGGGUUAUCAAUUUUGGACUGAAACUGAUGAAAUGGGCUACUUCACAAUAAGAAAUGUUAGAGCAAGCACUUAUCAUUUGAAUGCUUGGGUUAUCGGAUUUAUAGGCGAUUAUAAGUACAAAAAGGAUAUUGUCAUCAAACCAGGUAUAUGGAGCCAAAUCCAGCUAGGCGAUCUUAUAUAUGAACCUCCAAGAAAUGGUCCAACUCUAUGGGAAAUCGGAAUUCCUGAUCGUACAGCUGCUGAGUUUUAUGUCCCCGAUCCAGCACCAGGGUUCACGACUCAAUUAUCUAUCAAACAUGCUGAUAAGUUUAGACAAUAUGGGUUGUGGGAUCGAUACACAGAUUUAUAUCCGAAUCAAGAUUUAGUAUACAGAAUUGGCAUUAGUGAAUACAGAUACGACUGGUUUUUCGCUCAUGUCAAUAGAAAAAUAAGUGAAAAUAAUUAUCAACCCACAACAUGGCAGAUUUCAUUUGAUUUAACAAAUGUUUUCGAGAAAGGAUCCUAUACAUUGCAGCUAGCAUUGGCAUCUGCUACCUAUGCUGAAAUUCAAGUUCGAAUCAACAAUCCAAAUGCACCAGCCCCUUACUUCACUACAAUGCGAAUUGGCAAGGAUAAUGCAAUUGCAAGGCAUGGAAUUUACGGAUUGUAUUGGUUAUAUAGUAUCAAGAUACAGGGUAUUCAAUUUAUGAAUGGUACAAACACAAUCUAUUUAAAGCAAUCGAGAGGUGGGCGUGCUUUCAUUGGAGUCAUGUAUGACUACAUUCGUUUAGAAGCGCCGAAGCAAGCUCCUUGUUAGAUUAGAAAUUUCAAUUAUAUGCUUCUAUUAUAAAUGGUAGAUAGUUUGACGCAGUAGUCUUUGGUAGCGCUG